AUGGCCGAGGCACCUGCAGAAGCGCUGGGUGCUUGCCCUGCUGAUCUAUCAAUGGGUUCAGAAGCCUCUUCAGGUCAUCCUCUGUGUGACGACAGCACAGGUCAGCAGGACUCAGACUUAUGGGCUAUUAUUGAGGAAAGUGCCUUUCAGGUUUUGGCUCAGCGGUUCUUGAUAAAGAGGCCACCUCAUACCCUCUGUGCCUCGGAGCCAGAUGAAGAUACUAACUUGUUUUCUAUGACCUUCCCCAGAAAACUUUGGAAAAUAGUGGGAAGUGACAAAUUUAAAUCUAUUUGGUGGGAUGAAGACGGGACUUACAUAGUGAUCAAUGAAGACCUUUUCAAGAAGGAAGUGUUGGAAAGAAAGGCCCCCUUCAGGAUAUUUGAAACUGACAGCAUGAAGAGUUUGGUCCGACAGCUUAAUCUGUACGGAUUUAGAAAGAUGAGACAGAAUUUCCAGAGAUCGGCUUCGCUCCCUGACUUUCUGGCUGAAGAAAAGGGAGUCUCUGCCUCAUGUAAGUUGCAGUUCUACCAGAAUCCCAACUUUCUGAGGGACUGUCCCCAUCUUAUAGAAAGAAUGAAAAGGAGAAUUGGGAUUAAAACAGCUCCUCAGGGAGCUGCUGCCUCGCUUCCAGAUUUUAAGAGCAGACAUUUCUGUCCAGACCUGGGCACCAUGGAUGACCACAGUUUUGGUGUAGGUGUCCAAACCGGCAGGAGAAAUCUGUUGUCUGGCCCUAGUAUUUCAAAUGUGUAUCUGAGACAGAAGCCUUCAGUCGCCCAAGGAGGUCCUAAUCCAAGAGGUGACUUUUCGCGUGCAGCAUCACGUUCCUUUAGACCACCUAAAGAAAUUCUAACACAUCGGCCCACUCCCUUAAAUGAGAUGUCCUCCCUUCAUAUGGACUCACAGAGAAUGUACCCUCAAGCAAAUGACAGCACUGUGAAUUUCCUUAUAACCUCUGUUACUCAGAACCACAGGGAUGUGCCGCACUUGUGGAAUAGUUGUAUUGAAAUGCAGGCGGAGCCUUCUCCCUUUCCUCCUGGCUGUCCUCACUUCUCCUCCAGUUCAUCUGCGUAUUCUGACUCUAAGCCAGUCGGUGAACCCGAGUUAGCAAUAUACAAGGAAAAGGCAGAGUCUACUGCAUCGGCGUCAGCAUCAAAUCAUCCAUCUUCCUGA